AGAUGAAUAUGAUAAAAAGAUCGUUCAGCAGCGCUGUUCCAACUGUUAAAAUGUUCAUAGAUGGCAAAUUCGUUGAGUCUAAAAGUACGGAAUUUAUUGAUGUACAUGACCCAGCAACGAAUAAAUUACUGUGUCGUACUCCUAAGUCGACAAAAGCUGAGAUGGAGAGUGCUGUAACAAGCGCUAAAAAUGCUUAUGAAAAAUGGCGAGACACCAGUGUUUUAACGCGACAAACACUUAUGCUUAAAUAUCAAGCUCUAAUUCGUGAACAUUCGAAAGAGAUAGCUGCUAAUUUGGUAAAAGAAAAUGGUAAAACGAUGGCUGAUGCCGAAGGAGAUGUUCUUCGUGGUUUACAGGUGGUAGAUGCCUGCGCAGCGAUUCCAACCCUCCAGAUGGGUGAAUCAACUCCAAACGUUGCGAAAGAUAUGGACAUAAUAUCCUACAAAAUACCUCUAGGAGUAACAGCCUCAAUUUGUCCGUUCAACUUCCCAGCAAUGAUUCCCCUGUGGUCAUUCCCAGUCUCAGUAGCUUGUGGUAACGCCGCAAUCCUAAAACCCUCUGAAAGAGUCCCUGGAGCAUCGAUGAUCCUCGCCGAGUUGUUCACCAAAGCCGGAGCGCCUCCAGGCUUAUUAAACAUUAUCCAUGGGCAGCAUGCAGCAGUAGAUUUCAUCUGCGAGCACCCAGACAUCCGUGCAGUUUCUUUUGUAGGCUCAGACCAGGCUGGAAAAUAUAUUUACAAGCAAAGCAGCGCUCACGGUAAACGCGUCCAGUGUAAUAUGGCCGCCAAGAACCACUGCAUUGUGAUGCCUGAUGCUAACAAGAAUAAAACAGUAUCCCAGAUAGUCGGUGCAGCCUUUGGAGCUGCUGGUCAGCGCUGUAUGGCUCUGUCCGUGGCUGUCUUCGUAGGAAAAGCUCGCGAGUGGAUCCCAGAUCUUGUGGCAGCUGCCAAACAAUUGAAAGUCAAUGCUGGGCAUGUUCCUGAUGCUGACUUGGGCCCUGUUAUCUCUCCACAGUCGAAAGAACGCAUUCACAGUUUAAUUGAGUUGGGUGUUAAAGAAGGAGCUAAGCUGGAUCUUGAUGGUCGAGGGAUUGUUGUUCCUGGCUAUGAAAAUGGUAAUUUCGUCGGGCCAACUGUGCUUUCUGGUGUUAAGUCGAACAUGAAAUGCUACACUGAAGAAAUCUUCGGACCAGUUUUGUCAUGUAUGUUCGCUGAUACUCUUGAUGAAGCUAUAAAAAUAAUAAAUGACAGUCCUUAUGGUAAUGGCACAGCUGUUUUUACAACAAAUGGAGCGACAGCCCGUAGCUUUAUCAAUAGAAUAGAAGCAGGACAAGUAGGUGUUAAUGUACCAAUACCAGUACCAUUACCGAUGUUUAGUUUUACCGGCAACAAAGGAUCAUUCCUCGGUGACAAUCACUUUUAUGGAAAAUACGGAAUAAAUUUCCAUACACAAACGAAAACAGUAACCCAACUAUGGAGAUCUGAAGAUACAACCGAUAUCACGUCUUCUACAGCGAUGCCAACAAUGCAAUAA